AUGCCCGCCUGCAGCGGCGACACCAGCUCACGCCUGGGGAAGCUUCUGCAGUGCUAUGAGAAGCUGCAGGGCAUGGUGGACUCCCUCAUGUUGAGCAAGAAGAGGGGCAAGGUGGUGAGGCAGCUGCCGGGGAAGAGCCAGGACCAGGAGGCGCUGAAGGAGGUGCAGGCUGCCAUCCUGCAGAUGCAAGGGGAGCAUGAAAAGCUCAGCUCUGUCACAGGGAGCCUCCUGGAUGAGAGUCGCCAGCAGCAGAAAGAUAUCGAGGGUCUGUUCCAGUCCAUGGAGAGGCUGGAGAAGGAGAAGGCAGACAAGGAGGACCUGGAGCUGGGAAUGGAUGAGAAAGCAGACAAGGACGCUUUGGAAAGCAAAGUCAGUCGCGCCCAAUUUGAGGCGAGCCUGGAGCUGCUGGACAAGAGAAACCAGGAGGUGCUGAGCCGGGUGACAGGCCAGGAGCAGGGGCUGCACGAGGUCCAGCAGCAGCUGCGCGAGGAGAUGGCCACCAAGUUGGAUUGCCGGGAGCUGGGGCCAUUCCAGCAACAGCUGGAGGAACGGUGGAAGAGCGGCCUUGAGCAGCUCAAGGAAACGGCGCCGCCAACGGAAGCCGACGAUGCAGCUGGGAUUAGGAAGCAGCUGCUGGCAGAUUUCCAGUGCCUGUCUUGUGACAGGCAACUCAGCAUGCGGGUGCCUGGCUCGGAGCGGAUGGCGGCAUGCAAGUACCCAACCGUGCCACGGCAGUGUGGGGGCCAGCGUACCCUCACACCCCUGCCGCAGCGCAGCCUGCGCCUCCCACUUCUCCAGCCCAGCGCCCCACAGGCACUCAGGCCCUCCAGCCCGCGCCUCCCACUUCUCCAGCCCAGCGCCCUACAGGCACUCAGGCCCUCCAGCCCGCGCCUCCCACUUCUCCAGCCCAGCGCCCCACAGGCACUCAGGCCCUCCAGCCUGCUCCCCAGCAAGCACGACAAGAAAGAGCAGCUGGGCCAGGACAGCCGCAGGGCUGAGUCCAGCCCCUCAGCACCCGGCACCUCUGGCCCUCUGCAAGACAGGUCGGGCUCAUCCCACAGCCAGCCUCGCCGAGUACACUGGCCCCACCAGCCCGUCCAGCCCCACUGGAUGGCUGAGAACCAGCUGAUCAGGAGAGCGGUGUGGCUUCUGACAAACAAAGGAUUCUUGGUGUAGCAGAAGAAUAAAAACCCAUGGGUUGUUUCUCACUCUUGAGAGCCCUUUAAAAAUUACACUUUUGGACAUAGUGAAAUAUUUUGUGAAGACGACAAGGAUCCAAGCAAAAAUGCGGAUGCAAGCACAUGUGCAGGAGAAGAGCACCGUCAGAAGAUUCCCCUUAUUUAUUCAUUUCUGCCAUGUGUUUGCACCUACACAGCUAAAAUAUUUCUUGUAGCAGAUCAUU